AGAGAGUUGUUUGUAAACAUGAAACUGUCAGAAACAAAAACGAAAGCGUUGCCGUAAAUUGGCGAGUGUAGCUAAAGGUUAAUUUUCUCAACAGCAUGGAGACUCACAGCUGUCUUUAGCGAAUGUAAAAUAUAUCCUUGAGUGAUAUUUUCACUGUGUCUGUGGGGGAAGAUAGAUAAAGCUGAGCAGGUGCAGUGUCUAAAGUUACACAGAGGUGUUGGCUGUGGGCAGUCAGCAGGACACAUGGCAGAGGAAAGCAACAAGCUGACACUGAGGCGCCUGGAGGCACCGAUCCACAAGUUCAUUAAAGUGGCUCUACCCACGGACCUGGAGAGACUGCAGAAACACCACAAUAACAUACUGAAGUAUCAACGUAGCCGGCAAUGGGACCGCCUUCAUCAGGAGCAUAUCAAUGCCAGCAGAACUGUUCAGCAGCUGAGAGCUAACAUCAGAGAGAUGGAGAAGCUGUGCACUCGGGUCCGUGCCGAAGACGCUGACGCUCUGGAGGCUCUCGUCAAGCCAGUCAGGGACAGAGCGUCAGCCGCCGCACAAGACUUCUUGCUUUUGCACUCUAACCGUGUGCCUCAGCCCGAACCACCACCAUCACCACCACUUGCCUCUCAGCCGUCCAGUAGUGUGUCCAGCAGUUGUCAUGCUGAUGCCGGUAUGGACGAGGAGCCGAUGUCUGGGAGGCAAAUACAGCUCUACCUUCCGGAAAUCCCUGCAGAUCAGAGUGCAGCUGAGUCCUGGGACAGCCUGAAAGAGGAUCUGACGGAGCUGAAUGGUUUGGUGACGGAGUUCUGUCAGCUCGUCCAUUCCCAGCAGGAGGAGAUUGACAGAAUAGAGGACAACAUCAACUCUGCCGCUGUCAACGUGGAGGAGGGGACCAGGAGCCUGGGGAAGGCGGCAGGAUACAAGUUGGCAGUGUUGCCGGUUGCCGGGGCGCUGCUGGGCGGUGUAUUAGGAGGUCCACUAGGCCUGCUGGCUGGGUUUAAAGCUGCAGGGGUGGCCGCUGCUGUGGGAGGGGGCGCCCUUGGGUUCGCGGGGGGCAACCUGGUCCAGAAACACCGUAGAGCCCGAGUGGAUCUACAGGUGAAACAACUGACGGCACCACCUAAAGAACCGGAGCCCAGCAAGGACAAGUGACCCAAUGGUUGUGGUUAGUCCUCCGACCUCAGCUGCUGGCCAAUCACUCAGGCUCCUCUGUUGACUGACCAAUCAGAAGGACAAACUAGACUCAGAGAGACUCAAUAUUUGACGUUGUCGUCACACAUUGCUGGUACAAAGCACUGCUGUGGGGAAAAAAGAAAAAAAAGAGUCAGAUGUUUGGGUGUGAAUGGCGUUUCUAUGAGAACAUGAAUCUAAUUUUAUACACACAACUGUUUUUUUAGUUCUGAAAACAGCAAAGACUGACAUAACUGUAAUCACCAAAAUAAAUGUCAGUUUAAAAUACUCAACUAAUCUGUCAAAUGCUAGUUAGAUACUAUAUUCCUCAAGCUGACACCAUUUUUCUUUACCAGGACUCAGUAUUCCUUUAUUUAGAAAAUAAGAUCCGAAUGUGAACAGCUGUACUACUGAGACUACAAUAAGAAUGAAAAUGGAAAAUGGAGAAAUGUUUUUUUUUCUUUUGCUAACACCACUGUGGUGUUACAUUAAUAAUGUAAAUUAGAGAGUAUAACUUAUAUUAACAGGGUUAAUAUAAAUUGUACUCUAUAUAGAUACAGACCUGUUUUCGCAAAUAUUGCACAAAAGAGAAAAACACCAAAGUGCCACUGUCCAGAUCACUUUGGUGACUGGAGUGUAAGAAACUGCCAUGUAUUUGAUUACACACUACUGUUGGUUUUCCGCCAAAUAAAAUGUUUCUUUUCAA